CACGUGACAGAAGCACAAGCUAACAACAAGUUCAAACGAGAAUAUCCAGCGCAGGAACAGCAGCCGGAGGAAGAAGAAGAAGGAAGGAGAGUGUAUUUUUGUAUUGUUUGAGCGAUGGAAGGGCUGAUCCCGUUCGUGAUCGACGCGAUCAGGAAGAGCCACGGGAGGGACAGCUACCGCUGCGCCUCGUCGGACGGCAGCUCCCACGGCGGCAGCGGCAGCAGGCGGCACCUCAUGGACUACCGGGAGCUGCCGGCCGGAGCGGCCGACGCCGACGCCAGCCGCUACCAGGGCCCGUGGUCGGAGUUUAUCCAGGCGCCGGCCGACGUGCGUCCUUCCGAGGAGCACGCCCGGCCGGCCGCCGUGGUGUCCGGGCCGGCUUAUCGCUGGAAAUGAGCACGUACGCACGCAGGCGGUGCCUUUCAAAGUCUCAAGGCGCUUUCGCUUAGUUGUUAAUUACAGCUGUUGGAUUGGUUUUGUUCAUUGUUUUUGCCUUUAGGCAUGUAAGGAGGGGAUUUCGUGAUUUCGUGUGGCGAGCGUCAAAGGGCGUCUUAACGUACACAUUUGCCGUGUGUCAUUGCUUUUCAGUGCGUUCAAACAUGUGUGUAUAAAUAUGUUUGUCAAAUAAAAUGAAAGAACAACGGAUUGGUGAUUCA